UUUUAAAAAAACCCACAGCCUCUGUGUCGUCGCUUGAGGCGAGUCAUUCUUUGAAGCAUGGGGUGCAUUUUGGAGGGGUUUCUGUGGGCCUGGAUUAUCCUGGAGUCUGGGGUGUGUUCAGUUACACUGCCAGAAAUAACAGAUAGGAAAUUCAUCGAUGAAUAUGUGAAGGAACACAACAGGGCGCGGUCAUCUGUCAGUCUGCCUGCAAGUAACAUGCUGCAUAUGCAAUGCAAAACGGCACUUUGGGUGGAUAAAAAACAACAUUAUGACUACAACAGCCAAGGCUGCACAAAUGUCUGUGGCCACUACACCCAGGUUGUGUGGGCGAGCAGCUACAAGGUUGGAUGUGCAGCCCAUCUCUGCCCAAAUGGUGUUAAAGGAACUCACUUUGGUCCUAGAGAAGGGGUCGUUUUUGAAUGCAACUAUGCUCCAGUGCAAGUUUUAUACGUCUUCAAAUUUGCUUCAACUCUUAGUUUAUGAAUUGAAUUUUUUUUUUGACAGUUUAGGGUUAUAACUGGUGAGGCAGGAGGAGCGCCAUAAAUAGUGGUUUAUAUUUAAACAAAAUGCACCAAUCUUACCUGUCUAAAGGGUUAUGGGUAGCUAAGUAAGUUCUGAAGACCGAUUACAACACAGAGGCGUGUUGAAGGCUGUCCAAUUUCAAAGGCUCCUACAAAUGCGGCUGACAAAUCUGUCCUUCCUCCCUAGACUAACAAAGGAUUUAUACGGUGUGUCUUUCAUUGGCGCAACAUAUCCCUAGAGUCAUUGCCCGCAAAUUCAGAUGAGCUGGCAAACUAUGAAGUGGCAAACUAUGAAGUGGCAAAGUGAUACAUAGUAAUUGGUUUCAACGCGGCCGAAGAGCU